AUCACUGGUUGUAUGCAGAUAUAUAAAGGGUGUAUUUCCUCUUUGAGGAACAAGUUUUAGAGCAUAUUGGCUUUUCAACUUGGUUCUUCAACUGAACUGACUGAAGACAUGACUGCCAGCAAACUUACGUUUUUCUUCUUCAUCACCCUUCUGGGUUCAGUCAUACCACGAUCUGUUGACACAGUCAGUAUGAGGAAUGUUCAGAUAGAUACAGAUAAGACUGAGACUGGAGACGUGUGUCAGGACUGCAUUCAGAUUUUUCAAAUUACGAUCGACUUACUUUCAAAUAAAGACUUCCAGGAAAGAAUCACUGAUACAUUUGAAUACUUCUGUGAUAAGAUACCUCAACAAAUGAGGGAAACCUGCCAUGCUCAGGUUCAAAAAGUGAUUCCUAUAGCCAUUGGCUUUCUUACCGGUGUAAUGAAACCCGAGCAAAUUUGUAAAUUACUUGAGCUGUGUGAUGGUCGUGACAAUGGCAAGAUGAAAGAGCUGUUGCUCGAUCACAUCGCAAAAACCCUAACAAUGCCAACUAUGAAGCACGAGAUGUCUAUUCAGUGCACUGUGUGCAAAUACAUCGUAAACAAACUCGAGGAAAUGCUUCCUAAAGAGAGGACUGAGCAAGCCAUAAUGUCCCUGCUUGAGCGUUUGUGCAGCGAGUUUCCAGCUGCGAUUCAGUCACAGUGCAACAACAUCGUUGAAAAAUACGCCAAGGCACUGAUCGAAAUGCUGUUGAAGGAAACCUCUCCUGACCUGAUAUGCAAGCUUCUUCUUCUUUGUGGAAUAAUAGAAAGACCUAUAACAGAAGAUCCUGUGCGUUCAGACUGUGAUUCUUGUCUUACACUGGCGGUUUUGACCCGUAUGCAUCUGGGCUCAAAUGCCACCAAGCUCCAGACUGCUUCUUUCCUUGACUAUGUGUGUCAGAUGCAUCCUAAUGCCAUGCCAAAGUGCAAGACCUACACACAGCGUUACGGAAAGCAGCUUGGACUGUUUCUGGGCCAAGAACAGGAAGCACUUGACGUAUGCAAGAAAGCAAAUAUGUGUGUCAUUGGAGACAGUGAGCCGAUUACUCAUGGUGACCCCUGUACUCUGGGUAUAAGCUACCGCUGCAAGGACUUGCAGACUGCUAUAGACUGUGGGGCAGUUUCCUUUUGUCAGAAGAAUGUGUGGGCAUAAAUCCAUUUCAGCAUACCUAUGUGGAAGAGUAAAAGCUGAGGAUUUUCAAACAGAUGUGAAGCUUUAACAUCCUUUCUGCAUAUCAUAGAGUAUAUGUUGAAGCUUUGGUGCUGGACCAAGUGCUACUGAUUUUUCCUCCUUUGCUUGUUUUUUCAUGAUUAUAUUUGCUUAGUUGAAAAUCAGAUAAAGCAGAACUAACUUCAUAUAUUCAUGCUUUUUUACGGUUUAUAUAUUAACAAAAACUAUUACUUAAACAGCAUUAUCGAUCUCAUGACAUAUUAUCAGUUUUUAGUGCUACGCAAAUGCUUGCAAAGAGGUCAAUGUGAAUUCAGGGUUCAUGUUACAUUACAAUUAGAUAUCACUGCGUGAGGGGAAUAAACAUAUUGAAAAUGAUGAGUACUUUGUAAUGGCAACAUAGUAAUAUUUGUUUUGAUUGGAGGACGUUCAUUACAUAAUAAUACUGUAUAUACCUUAUCAACAGAAAUGGUUUUGCAAAAAUAACAGUAACUUACAGUAUCACUUACAGUAUUUGUCCAAAAUUGUGGUUACCAUGGUAUAUUGUAGUACGUAUAAAACAUUACAGGGCAGUUUCCUGGAUGGGGCCCCAAAUGCAUGUUUGAACUGCCAUAACUAAAAAAAAAACACAGCUUGCACAGACACAUCUUAACAUAUAUCAGUGUUUUGUCUCAAGAUGCACAAUGUUUUAAUAUAACUAAAUCUUAGUCCUGGCUUAAUCUAAACCCUGUCCAGGAAACCACCUAUAUAUGUUUACAGUAACUAACUAUUUUGUAGUUUGGCAUCAAGCAUCAUGGGCGAAUGGUUUAAUAUGUCAUUUGAUUGAAUAUUUUUCAACAUGUUGAAGUUAUUAUUACAAUCAUUACAAUUAUUGAUCAAAUGUUUGCCUUUCCCUCCUUGUGUACAUGUAAGGUGCAAAUAAAAAAACCUUUGACCUCCUAA